CCCGAUCGCUAUCUGGUCACUCUCACGUCACGAGGUCGCCCAAUGGCUCGGAGCUGCAUCAUGACGGCGACGGCGCCGCCACCACUGGUCGGCGCUGGCGUCCGCCUCCUGGCAGUCGUCGUGGCGAUGCUGGUGGUCGCGGGCGGCGGCGGCGGCGGCGGCUGCUGCCACGGCGCGCUGCUGAAGGCGCACUUCUACCGGCACAGCUGCCCCGCGGCGGAGGCGGUGGUGCGCGACAUCGUGCUGGCGCGCGUCGCCGCCGACCCCGCCAAGCUCCCCCCCAAGCUGCUCCGCCUCUUCUUCCACGACUGCUUCGUCAGGGGGUGCGACGCGUCGGUGCUGAUCGACUCGACGCCGGGCAACACGGCGGAGAAGGACGCUGCGCCGAACGGGUCGCUGGGCGGCUUCGACGUGAUCGACACCGUGAAGGCCGUGCUGGAGGCCGUGUGCCCCGGCACCGUCUCCUGCGCCGACAUCGUGGCGCUCGCCGCCAGGGACGCCGUCUCGUUCCAGUUCGGGCGGGACCUGUGGGACGUGCAGCUGGGGCGGCGCGACGGCGUAGUGUCGCGGGCGUCGGAGGCGCUGGCCAACCUCCCCUCGCCGUCGAACAACUUCAGCACCCUCGAGGCCAUCUUCUCCAGCAAGGGCCUCGACGUCAAGGACCUCGUCAUCCUCUCAGGCGCGCACACGAUCGGCGUGGCCCACUGCAACACCUUCGCGGCGCGCCUGUCGGGCUCCACCACCAGCGCCCCGGGCGGGGGCGCGGACCCGGCGCUGAACGCGGCCUACGCGGCGCAGCUGCGGGCGCGGUGCGGGCCGGCGUCAACCGCGUCGUCCAACAACGUGACCGCGGUGCCCAUGGACCCCGGCAGCCCCGCGCGGUUCGACGCGCACUACUACGUCAACCUCAAGCUGGGCCGCGGCCUCUUCGCCUCCGACGCCGCGCUGCUCGCCGACCGCCGCGCCGCCGGCAUGAUCCACCGCCUCACCAGGCAGGGCUACUUCCUCCAGGAGUUCAAGAACGCCGUGCGCAAGAUGGGCCGCGUCGGCGUGCGAACGGGCGCCGCCCGCGGGGAGAUCCGCCGGAACUGCAGGGCCGUCAACUAGAAUGCGCCGGUCCGUCACGUCAACGUUCCCACCUCUUCUUCUUCUUUUUUUUUUUGCUUAUUUGUUUGUUUCCAUCGAUCAUCUUGUUUACAUUGUAUUUAGGGGAGUGCUAAUUAGUAUACAUAUAUACAUGUAUACCUGGAACUGUACGUCCUCGUCAUGGAUACUCUCUCGUGUUCAUAUGUAAUGUAUAGAUGUGCAGCUGUCAAAAGUCAGAUCAAUGCAUUGACCGGGAAUUGCUGCUUGUGUU